CCUCAGCGCUUCAAGGGCACGGACGGAGCAGAGAAGGCGACGGAGAAAGCGAAGCCGGUGAAGGCGGAGGAGGCCAAGGGGAAAGCAGCGAAGCCCGAGGAGGCCGUGGAGGAGGGGCCGCCAAAGUAUACAAAAUCAAUUUUAAAGAAGGGUGAUAAAACCAACUUUCCAAAGAAAGGAGACACUGUUCAUUGCUGGUACACAGGGAAGCUACAGGAUGGAACCGUCUUCGAUACCAACAUUCAAACAAGUUCAAAGAAGAAAAAAGCAGCCAAACCUCUAAGUUUCAAAGUUGGCGUAGGAAAAGUAAUCAGAGGU